GCGCAUCAAUGCUUUAUGCACACUAUAAAGAAGCCCUGUUCCCCCACCUCUGCUUACAUGAGUGAUGGUCUGAUUCAACCAUGACAGGGGUGUUCUAGCUCGACCGACCUCUCCAAUUUCUAAAAUGCACUUUUUUGCUCUGAUUGAGGCUCCAUUCUCAAUAAAGUUAGAUCUCUUACCGCGAAGCUCCUGAAGAACCGUUGGCUACUGCACGAGACUUCCGGGUUUCUGAUGCUUUUUGCGGCAAAACAACGUAGCUCGACGCAUAUAGUUGGCUGCUAGAGAUGCUGUGAUACUUUCCUGACCUUUUCGAUUCCUACAUUGAUUUAUUCCUUCCGCUUUUGCAUUGAUCAUAAGCGAAAGUCAGUGCCCAUUAUGGAUGAUUAUAUGUUCCGCAGCUACGUUACGAGCUGUAAACACGUCCCGGAGAAUACCAGUUAUCUAGAAAUAUUUAACUAUACGGAUCCGGUCUAUAAUACGAUUGAGGAGCAUCCACUUACGCCCGAUGAGUUUGAGAACUAUCUAAAUCGCCGGGGAGCCUUUGAGCCACCGAAACUGCCCGAGGACGUUAAGUUAAGAGACGGCCUUCGACUGGUUGUCCAGAAGAACGCAAAGCAUAAUGAGACUUUCACGCCAAAUUAUAUUACCCUGGACCCGGCUCAGUAUGAGGGCAUGGUCAGAACUAUGCGGUUGCCCUUCCGAGGCAUUGAGGGAACGAGUGUCGUAGGACCUUUUUUCUGGGCUGCAUUUGAUCAAGACGCCAGCGAUCCACACUUACAGAUUAUCUUCCGCAAGUCAGAUGUCCGCAAAAAGGGCAAGACUCGCGGCUGGGAGAUCAUGCUCUCUCAUUCUUUCAACACAUCCAUCACGACGGGCUACGUGAAGGGUACCCCUUCCUCGGACAUCGAGGAGUCCCUGACACACCUGCGCUCCUGUGCCGCGCAGGUCGGCCACCCAAUGUUACUGCCGGUCAUCAUCCUGUCGCACGAUCUGUCCUCGAAGACGGACCAGAAGCAGCGCGACGCUCGUGACUGGCUGCGCCGCCUCGAGAACGCCGUCACCAUGCGUAACGAGAUCGAGGAGCACGAAGGAUACCGGGAGCUCGACCUGGAAGUGCUCAACCGCGAUCUGGUCGAGUGCCACAGCCAAGUCCUCUGGAAGCGGCCGCAGGCAUACCAGAGCAUCAUCGACGAGAUGAAGCUUGCCAUGGCGAAGUUCUGGCAGGGAUCUCGCCCGGAGAGGGGCCGCCAUGGCGAGACGGGGGCUCUGCACAAGAGCAUGGAGAGUCGGCUGGACUUUUAUCGUAUCAAGUUGCUGGGCGUGGAGAAUUAUGCCCAUACGACGUUGGAGAGACUGAACAUCCAGCGGCAGGCUCUUUACAAUAUUAUAGCUCAAAAGGAAUCCAAACUCAACUUGGAGAUGGCAGCGCAACAGCGCCGUCUCGCUCACGCUUCAAAGCGCGACAGCACCGCCAUGAAGACGCUCUCGCUGCUCGGCGCGGUAUUCCUGCCGGGCACCUUCCUGGCCUCGAUUUUCUCCAUGACCUUCUUCGACUUCAACGUGGGGCCGGACAACAAUAGCGGGCCCAACGACGGCACAGACGCGCAGGUGUCUCAGUGGCUCUGGGUCUACUUUGCGGUGACGGUCCCGCUGACGCUGGCCAUCGUCGGGUCCUGGUGGUGGCUGGACCGCCGCCGCCAGCGGCAGUACGCCCUCGAGGAUGAGGACAUCGAGAAGGGCAUCGACAAGAUGGAGAUGGAGAUCAUGGCCAUCAUGCGCAAGAAGACCAUGCAGAAGGCCACCACCUGGACGAGCGGGAACCCGCCUAGUGUUCAGCUGAGCAAGAAGGACAAGGAAGGGUAGAAAAAAAAGUUACAUAAAGUAAAGUAAAGUAAACCAAGCGGCCAGGGUGUGGGCAAGGCAUUCGUGAAAGGGGUGUGUCAUUGGAAGGUUAAGUCCGGUGCUCAUUUAGAAACCCGAUGCCCCGAUAUGACUGCAAGACACGAUUUCAUGACUAUGGACAUAGAUUAGUAUUGUAUAUUGACCUGAACAUACUACAGAGAGCCCGACGGGCAUGUUACAAGCUGCUGUGGGGGUGGAUACGAUUAUUCGAUUGUGGUAACAAAAGACCUGUUUUCAUAGCUUGAUUGUUUUUAUUCGUUAGGGGUCACAAGACACGAAGGAUUGUUCGAUUCUCGUCGCCCGGUAAAUAGCCAGAUAUCGUUUCUGCCUUGAGAAACAAUCCUAGCUGAAUUAACUCGAG